UGAACAGACAGCACCCUCCACAAUGGGCUCUGUUGAGACGCACUCCUCUGACACGCUCAAAGCGGCUUCAGCUCAAUACCGAGAAUACGUCCCCGACCCUGAUCACCCCAGAGUGAAAGGCAUCACCAGCUCGGAUAGUUACAAAUGGACCAAUAAACGACUUGCAGACCCGUGGUUCCGGGAUUGGGUCGACAGCUGGGAACGAAAGUAUAACGAACCAUUCAAAGGCAUCACAACAGACGGCAACGUCCGUCAAGGUCUUUUUCACCUUGACAGUUCCAACGAGGACUCAAUUGAGCCAGCCACGAAGACAAUGGUGGAUGCAGCCCAAGAUCUGUUGGCGAUCGCAACACCCGAACAGCGCAAGUCGAUCCAGCACGGUCUCGAAGCUCCUGAGUGGCGAGGAUGGAGCAAUCCGGAAAUCGUCUUCAAGAAACACGGCCUCCGCCUGGAAGAGGUGUCGGAGGAGCUCGUGAAGGCUACGCAUAAAUUGUUACAAGCCAGCCUUUCUCCAGAAGGCUAUGUCAAAGCUCGUGGGUGCAUGAAAGUGAAUGGGUUUUUGGGAAAAAUAGUCAACGGACCCAAAGUUUUGAACGAAAACUCCUACUUUGUAUCUGUCUUUGGCAAUCCAUCGCCAUUUGAACCGUGGGGCUGGCAACUAUUCGGGCACCAUCUUUGUAUGAACUGCUUAGUGGUAGGAGGCCAGCAAGUGAUAUCUCCCGUGUUCAUGGGUGCGGAGCCAAACAUUGUCGAUGAAGGGUUCGAUUCUGGAUUGACCCUCUUCACCGAGCAGGAAGCCCUGGCAAUGUCUCUGAUGGCAGCUUUGCCGGAGAGCAUUCGAGAGUCAGUUCUCAUAUCGCCUAGUAUGGACGGCAGCUCCAUCCCGGCGUGGCGAUUCCACCGCGCCGAUCAGCGACAUCUUGGAGGUGCAUUCCAAGACAAUCGUGUGAUCCCAUACGAGGGUGCGCAGGUUUCGACGUUUCCCCGUCCACAGCAAGAUCAGGUAUACGAGCUCAUCCGGAUCAGCCUCAACUAUCUUCCUGAGCGGGCUUUGAAGGCAAGGAUGGAUGAGAUUUUCCAUCACUGGUCCGAAACUUACUUUGCCUGGAUUGGACAACACGGUCGCGGUGACGCUUUCUAUUACAAGAUCCAAUCCCCAGUGGUGAUGUUGGAGUUUGACCAUCACUCUGGGGUAUUCUUGGCCAACAAGCAGGCAGAGCCGUUCCACAUCCAUACCCUAGUGAGGACACCUAACGGGAAUGAUUAUGGCAAGGAGCUUGUGCGUCAAUUUAGACAACGCCAAAGCCGGUAGCAGUGUCGGCCACCACAGGUAACGCGUAUUUCCGGAUUCUCUCUCAGCGAAACAUUUGCUCAGCGCCAUAUCCAGAUGAAGUAUUCGUGGUCAGGCGCGUUUUGGAUCGAAGUUCUACUAGCAAGCAUCGUGAGGCCUAUCGGAGUUUCAUCUCUAUAGCUCCUAUACGCAAACAACCAAAAAUGAUUUUCGCUUGCCCAA